CUAGCUCCUGACAAUGUUGUUGCUGACACACACACACAGCACUGUUUUAUCUACUCUCUCUCUCUUUCCAAACUUUUUCUCUCUCUAUAAUAACACCCCUCUGAAAAUGGAUAAAUUCUACAAAAGACCUCAAAAUUUGGAAAAUGGAGCCGAGGGGUCCUCCACCGGUACUCCUCCUCCCCUGCAUUUGACUCAAGAGCAGGAGCUUUUCAUAAUGGUCUCGGCUCUCAAACACGUCAUCUCCGGCAGUCCCACCACCAAUGCCGAACCUGCCACGUCAUUGUCCCUGGCUUCCUUGAGUGGAACCAAGGUUGACCAAAAUUGCCAUGUCAUCUCGAUCCCUGAUGUCGACACGUGUCGAUUAUGCAAAAUCAACGGUUGUUUGGGAUGUGACUAUUUCGCGCCAAUCACUUGUGGAAAUGACGGUUUCAAAAAUCCCGUGUCCACUGCUAGUGGUGGUGGUGGAGAGAAGAGGAAGAAGAAGAAGAACCAAUACAGGGGAGUGAGGCAAAGGCCAUGGGGGAAAUGGGCGGCGGAGAUUCGGGACCCGAAGCGGGCGGUCAGGGUGUGGCUGGGGACGUUCGAGAGGGCGGAGGAGGCCGCCAGGGCCUACGACAGAGCCGCCGUGGAGUUCCGGGGAGACAAGGCCAAGACCAACUUCCCAAUUUCAGACUACCAAUCCAAUAAUCAAAACUCGCACCACCAAAGCAAUGCAGGGGAGAUGGAAAAGAGGAGUGAAAUGCAGAGUUGUAAUUCAGGGACGACAUUGGAGAUGGGGAAUGAUGAGAAUGAGAUUGGGGAAGACAUGAUAUAUGAGGAAGAGCUUCGAGAAUGGAUGGAGAUGGAUUUUACCACUAGGUAAGGUUGUUAGUAGUACAACUAUGGGAUUUCAAGCUCGUGAUCCGUGCGUGUAUUAUAUAUGGAAAAUGCGUGAGAGCACUAAUUAGUGCUAUCACUAAUGAUGUAGCAGUAGGCCUCAUUAAGAAUGAUUUAAUGUUUUAGUCUUGGUGUUGUA